AUGACUUCCAGAAGACGUAGUUCGAGUACAGAUGCAGAAGUGCUAAAGAGGGGUUUGCUGACCAAGUCUCCUGGUUUACGCAUGCUUCGCAAUCUGUCGUCAUGGAAAGCCCGGAUCUUCAAACUGUGUAAAACACCGGAUAAUAAAUACCUUCUAAACUACUACGUUUCCAAUGCUUCAGAUAAGGCAAAAGGAUGUAUUAACAUGUCUGAAGUCAAAGCUGUUGAAAAAGGAUUAAAAGUUUUGGAAAAGAUUAGGGUCGUUUUGGACAUGUUCAUCAACUUCGAGCCAGAAAAUGUAAUAUAUAUAAAGUACGGAAAACGUGAUUUCUAUCUCAUUGAUGAAAACAAGAAAGAGAUUGAAGAAUGGUUUAAUUGCAUUAGUCAGGCGUGGAUGGAGAUCACCAGAAGCACAGAUGGAGAUGGACCUGCAAUUAUGCACUCAAUACCUUAUGGCGUGCCUGAAACGGGUCCAAGGCCAAUGUCUUACCCUAAUAACUAUCCUCAGUCGGGACAUGUCAUGACUAAAACACUUGACAGACAAAGGUUUCACACAGAUCCAGGGAUGACCUACUCUCCCAGCAUGAAUGCGUGUGGGCAAGAAUGCACUGGGACAACCACACUGCCAUCGGUCUACAACGCAGACAAAUGGAUGACGCUCACAAAAGAACAAUCUCUGAAAACACCCACCUUGCCACCACGUUUACCGCCUUCUGGUAAAAUAUCACCUUGGGAAACGUAUCUACAGUCAGGACUCGAUAGUGACAUUGGAAGUGACAGCGAGAGUAAAUCCGAUUAUCCACAGCAGCAAUCAACGCUUCAGCCCGGUUACGUUUCAGAUGACUCUGCCAACAUACAUGAAAGCAGCAAUCAGUCCAGUGACUGUGACUCAGAUGACGAAAAUAUCUACGAAAAGAUGAACUCUUUCUGUGAAACUCAGGAUGAAAGUGAAUCAGAAAUGCAAGAAAUGAAAAAUACACCUGCAAAUUGUGAAAAACGAACCCUUUGCAAAUUGGAAAGGAUGGACCUUUUAAAAAUGCAUUUUGAGCGAAAAGAUAUAGAAACGAUAAAUCUCAGCGUGCCAACCGAACACAUGCGGAAAUAUUUAGCGGUGGAAACCAUCGGAAAAUGUAUAAGUGUUUCCCAGUGGACGGGCCCCAAAGAAAUUGGGUGUCUGUUUCAUCACGGGGAUGACAUAGACACAAUGAACGAUAUCAGAUUGGAGACUUUUGAAUUGUUCUCCCAAAUGCUGAACAACUGUACAGGGAAAGAGGUGAAGCUGGCAGUCAUUCGUGGUAAAGAAGCCAGGGUCUUUCACGCAGAAGGAUGUGACUGCAACAAUUGA